AUGGGAACAAACAAGUGUGCUAGUCAGGCUGGAAUGACGGCCUACGGGACCAGAAGGCAUCUGUAUGAUCCAAAGACCCAGACUGACAAGCCCUAUGACCAGACCACCAUCAGUCUGCAGAUGGGAACCAACAAAGGAGCCAGUCAGGCGGGUAUGUCGGCUCCAGGUACCCGCAGGGACAUCUUCGACCAGAAAGCGGCUCUGCAGCCGCUGGACAACUCCACCAUCUCCCUCCAGAUGGGCACCAACAAAGUGGCGUCACAGAGGGGCAUGAGUGUGUACGGGCUCGGCCGGCAGGUCUACGAUCCCAAGUACUGCGCCCCGCCCACUGAGCCCAUCGUUCACAAAAACGGCAGCCAGGGCACCGGCACCAACGGGUCAGAGAUCAGUGACAGUGACUAUCAGGCCGAGUUUCAGGAGGACGAGUACCACGGUGGUUACACCGACGACUACAGCUCCCACUACAAUGAGCCAACCAUCGACUAUUAGAGGCGUCUGCCUCCAGACCAGUAUUAUUUGAUGAAACAGAGCUAAACUUUUGCUGUUCUCACUAGUUUUUAUUAUAUCGUCCGGAAGCAUCAAGAAAAGUUUAGUUUGUGUUCUUGAACUUGACACUUUGAGCAGCAACACUUGUAGUGAUGUGGAAUCAAACCACACAGAGAUAAACUUUUAAAAUAAUUCUCCUGUAAAACUAAAGUAGAGAAUAUUUUGACCAGUGACACGUUCUGUUUGUACUUGUGAUCCAUAUGUAAGAGUCCCUGUCAUCAGGAGGAUUAUUUAUCAUCAAACUGUAGUUCUUUACAUUUUUACCAUGUUUAAUCUACUAAAGAUCGUUUUUUAGGCCAUAGGCUUUUAAACUUUAUAGCUCCAUAA